AUGAAGUCCUUCGACGAUCUGCCUGCGCCCUCAGAAGCACCAACGGCCAGCCCCCGAAGUCUGGCUUCAUAUGACUCCGACACAGACUCCGAUGUGGCUCCGCAAAGUCCCGUAAAAGUGCUCGAGGCCCGGCUAUCAGAGAAAGACGUCCUCAACCGUGUGCAGGAGGAGUGCGCGCUCUUUGUCUACCUCCUCAAAGAUAAUCUCAAUGCCGGCGCUACGCCGAUCGUCGUCAUGUACCUCGCCACCGCCUCUGCGACCACAGGAGCUACGAUGAGCGGUACCAUUGCGGCCGCCAUGAUGGGCCUUCUCUACUUGUCGAUGUUCGACCUCGUGAACCAGUGGAGCGGUGUUGAGGAGGACAUGGUCGACAAGCCCUGGCGGCCCAUCCCACGGGGUUUGAUGACUGUUCGAGGUUGCAAGAUUCGCUGUGGACUUGUGGCCAUAGCCUGUCUUGCGGCGUCCUACUGUUAUUCUCUGCUCAUCCCUUGCAUGCUGUGCUUUCUUGCAACCUUCGGCUAUACAGUUGGCUGGGAUAAGAACUUCAUUUUUCGAGGGUUCGUGUUUAUGCCCAUGAUCUUCAUGAUCCACCUUCAAGUUUCCAUGCGCUUGGCGCUCGGACGGUCUUCUGACAGCAGAGCGCUGUUGCACUGGGCGGUAACAUUCGCCGCCUACUAUUCGAUUCCCUUUUUGCUCCAAGACCUUCGUGACCUCGAGGGUGAUGCAAAAGUGGGCCGUCGGACACUUCCAGUUUUGUUGGGGGCCCGAAACUUUCGAGCCACGUUGUUUGUCUUAGUUGCCGUGCUAUCACCGCCAGGGUUCUAUCGACUGUUGGAAGCUCUUUGGGCUCAGCAGGCAUCCCUGGCUUUGGUGUGCGGUUUAUGGAACUCCCUCUUCCUGAUUGCAAUUUUGUAUAUGCUCGCUACCGGCGACUGUGCAAAAGCACACCGCCUGGCGUAUAAGCUAGUGGUCUUUAUGUAUACGUUUGGUACAAGCCCCUGCUUGUACUUCAUCGUGCCCUCCGUUCUGAAAUCGUGA